GCAGAGAUGGAGAGAGAAACUGCCACCUUUCUCUCACUGUAAAACCCCAAGUAUUUAAAAAAGGGUAUCAGGACGGAUAUAGAGAGAGAGUGGGCAGUGCAAACAGCAAACCACAAAAUCACAUAGACCCUCUCUCUCUCUCCGUGCCCUGAAACCCAACAAAGAACAUAAAUACGGAUUUGCAGAGGGAGACACCAUACCGCACCACCUGCUACACAACACUAAACAACACAUCCAGGAAAACCCUUGACCUCUUUCUCUCUCGGACACAGCAAGAGCCUUCAUCGCUGCCACCAACCCCCUCUUUCUCUUUCUCUUUCUCGUUCUCUUUCUCUUUCUCUUUCACAUAGAAAACAUGCAAUCAAACAAGAAGAAGAAAUCAACUGCGAAGCCUGCCCGUACAACGAGGCAGAAGCUUCAAACCCACCCAAAACCUCCUCCUUCCCCUCCUUCUCCUCUUUCUUCUUCUUCUUCCUGUUCUUCUUCUGCUUCUUGUUGCUGUUGCUGUUCGUCCCCUUCUUCAUCGACUUCGCCGGAGGAAGAACCGGUGGUGCUUCCGCCGGUAAUUUCUUGCGUCUACGAAGGGCCGAUCAUGGUGGAGCACUUCGAGAAUCAAUGGGCGAUGGCCAAGUGGACUGUCCCGGACUUCUCCAAAAUCAGGGGAAGGUCCCACUAUAGUCCUUACUUCACUAUCGGAGGUUUCGAUUUUCGCUUCAUGGUUUACCCUAGAGGCGAUCUUGUUGCGCUGCCUGGCCACUGCUCGCUCUACCUUCAAGUCAUGGAUCCUCGAAGCGCGAAAUUCGAUUGUUUUGUAAGCUAUACUCUCAAAUUUUUAAAUCACAUUGACGAUUCCAUGUCUGUAUGUAGAGAGUCAUGGCUUCGAUUCUCUCCCAAGAAGAAAUCACAUGGUUGGAGUGACUUUGCGCAAUCUUCGAUUGUUCUUGACACCAAAUUUGGGUUCUUGGUGAACGAUACUAUGACCAUUUUGGCCGAUAUUCGUGUUUUGAAUGAUAGCUUGACGGUUUCGCAAGAUAACAAUGAAACAAAGUCUCAAUUGGCAACUAUUUCUGGGUCGGGCUCGGAUGUUUUGGAUGGGAGGAUUACUUGGAGGUUGAAGAAUUUUGUUGUGUUUAAGGAUAUAUUUAAGACCCAGAAAUUAGUCAGCCCUGCUUUUCAAGUUGGGGAGUGUAGUGUUCGGAUUUGUAUUUACAGGAGCUGGAUUAAUGGAGUUGAGUAUUUAUCAAUGUCUUUGGAGGGUAGAGAGUUUACGCCGGAUCGGAAUUGCUGGUGUUUGUUUAGAGUAUCGGUGUUGAAUCAGAAACCGGGUCUUAACCAAUUUUAUAAGGAAUCUUAUGGAAGGUUUGGUCCCGAUACUAAUGGUGGGGAUGGUUGUAGUCUUGGUUGGAUAGACUAUAUGAAAAUGUCUCAAUUGGUUGAGUCUGAGAAUGGGUUCUUUAUAGAUGGUACUCUGGUGUUUAGUACUUCCUUCCAUGUGAUUAAGGAGUUUUCUAACUUCUCAAAGAAUGGGGGGGUUCUUGCUGGGAGGGGUACCAGUGUUGCACGGAAAUCUGAUGGUUACACAGGGAAAUUCACUUGGAAGAUUGAGAAUUUUACAAAGCUGAAGGAUCUUCUGAAAAGGAAGAGGAUCAAGAAUCUUUGUAUCAAGAGCAGGAAGUUUCAGAUUGCAAAUAGAGAUUGUCACCUGUUACUUUAUCCUAGAGGCCAGUCUCAGCCACCAUGUUAUCUUUCAAUGUUCCUUGAAGUUACUGAUUCAUUAAACACUUCCUAUGAUUGGAGCUGUUUUGUUCAUUAUCGUGUGUCGGUCAUAAACCAGAAGGGGGAGGAAAGGUCUAUUACGAAGGAAUCACAGAGUCGCUACUCCAAAUCUGCAAAGGAGUUUGGGUGGCCUGAGUUUGUGACUCUUGCUAGUCUCUUUGAUCAGGACUCAGGGCUUCUUGUUCAGGACACCAUUGCCUUCUCUGUUGAUCUGCUUAUUUUGAAGGAAACAUCACUAUUAGAGGAUUGCACAGAAUCCAGCAAUGCUUGUUUUGAAAUUGAUCAGGAUAAGAAAUUAGGGUCAUUUACCUGGAAGGUUGAAAACUUCUUAUCCUUCAAGGAAAUAAUGCAAAACCGAAAAAUAUUUAGCAAAUUUUUUGAGGUUGGUGGAUGUGAGCUUCGGAUUGGGGUCUACGAGUCAUUUGACACAGUUUCUACAUACUUGGAGUGCGACCCAUCUGCUGUAAGUGAUCCUGAUAAGAAUUUUUGGGUCAGUUACAGGAUGGGUGUGGUGAAUCAAAAGGACCAUAACAAGAGUUUGUGGAAGGAGUCUUCUCUCUGUACAAAGACUUGGAGCAGUUCUACUCUCCAAUUUAUGAAAGUAGCAGAUUUGCUGGAAGUAGGUGCAGGAUAUCUUGUUCGUGAGACAGUUAUUUUUGUCUGUGAGAUCCUUGAUUACUGCCCAUGGUUUGAGUUCUCAGAUCUAGAGGUUUUGGCUCCUCACUGCAAUCAGGACACUACAUCUGAAUCUGACAAACUUGUUAAUUCAGAUGAGUGUGAAGUACUUAGCGGGGACAAAACAGACAAGUUGAAAGACCUUCUUUCAAGUGCAGGCUUUCACCUGAUAAAUGGGAACAAUCCUUCACAGCCACUAGUCAUUCCAAAAGAAACAGCUCCUUUAAUUGCUGCUAAGUUAGCUGGUUUUCUGAUUAAUCUUUGUUGUGAUCUCAAUGAUUCUGUUAAAGCAAAGCAUUGGCUUCCUCCAGUCAAGUUCUCAGCUAGUAAUGAAGAAAAGCAAGAAGUUACAGUGGGUGAUAAAUCGUCCCCUAGUGCAUUUUUUAUGAGGAAAGUUAAGGUCCUCCAACAUGCAACAAUUGAUUUACUUCUAGAUAUUAUGGUUAAAUUUUGCCAAACUUCAGACAGUAGAUCCAGUGAAGAUUUUUAUAAUAUAGGUUUGGGUCCUUCUCUGAAUAGCCAUAAAGCUGUCAGUAAAUCAGAAUCUUAUGUGGAAAAUGGGGGAUCAGAUUGUAUGCAUUUCCUUAUAUAUGGGAGGGGCCCUAAAGUGGAUGAAAAAACCUGCACUUUUUCAAUACGAUUCAUGGGUGUGAAUGAAACUGAUAUGCCCAAGAAGGAAAUUCCUGGAGAUUAUAUUUUUUCUCCAGAAAUAUCUGCUGGAACUACUUUAGACUUGGAUUCAAUUCAGGCAUGUCAGAUUGAGUGGCCAGGGCAGUUGGAAGAGCUCCUAGAAUUGAUUGUUAAUUCACUGAAGGCGAAAGAUGUCACUUUUUCACAAGUUUUUUCAGAGUUGAGGCAGAGGACUCAAUUUACACAAAAGGUUUUAUUCAUACUCACUAAAGCUCCCAAAAGUCUGCAACCAGACCUCGUUACUUUGAUACCCAAGUUAAUUGAUCUGUCCGAGCAUCCGCUUGUUGCUUGUGCACUUUUAGAUCAACUUCAAAAGUCAGAUGCAGAACCUGCACUCCAACUACCUGUUUUGGCUGCUAUCAGUAAGAUGCAAUUUGGCAGUGAAGUUGCAGAAUGCGUAUUAGUUCAUGCUUCUUCACUGUUAGGAGGGUUGAAAGAUGAACCUCUUGCAGCUGCCAUUGAUUUUCUAUUUAAAGCUGCAUCUCGGUGCCAAAAAAUUCUGCUAGCAGUUAGAGUUGUUCGUGCCAGACUACAAAGUUUGGGGGCUGAGGUAUCAGCCUGUGUGCUGGAAGUUCUAAGCAAAGCUGUGAAUAGUUGUAGUGAGAUUGCUGAAACAAUGUUAAGAGAUAUUGAUUCUGUUCCUGAACCUGAUGGCAAAUGCUUGGUGGAGGAGCAACUUCUUCAAUUUUCUGAUAUCUAUCUCUUGGUUGAGAUGCUGUCAAUGCCUUGCCUCUCUGUUGAAGUUUCCCAGGCUUUUGAGAGAGCUGUUGUGCGAGGGAUUAUUAUGGAUCAAUCAAUGGCCAUGGUCUUGGAAAGGCGCCAUGCUCAAAGCCUGAAUUUUGAUUCAGUAUCUUCAGCUCAAAAAAAUCUGCACAAGGACAUGGCACUGGAGGAAAAAACUGGAUCUUUGCCUGCCCAAGAAGUGGAUUUUACCUUAGUUCUUCGUCUUGCUAGAACAUUAGCCCUCUCCAGAGACUCUCGAGUAUAUGGUUUUGUGAGGACACUUUAUGCUAUAUUAUUUAAAAUGUUUGCUAAAGAGGAUGAUCAUAGGAAGAUACUGAAAGGACUAGUUGACUGUGCCAUAACUCCUGCAGAACAUUGUUGUGAAGUAAAUAUAGAUUUAGACAUUUUGGCACUCUUGGUUCAUGAGGAACAAGGAAUUUCUAAACAAGUUCUUAACAUGAUGAGGGAGGUUGUUGAGCUUUCCAAUGUAGAUUGUGCAACACUUCGGCGUCAAUUAUGUGCUAAGGAAAAGGAAAAUAUCCAUACCCAGGAAAUAAGACAAGCUGAACUUUCCAAUAUGCUUAGAGAGAAAGCUAUUUUGUUAGAUAGACUAAGUGAGUCAGAGGCUACUAUUGAUCAUCUUAAGUCUGAAGUGAGGCUUGGAAAGGAACAUUUUGCUCAGGAAAAGAUGGAACUUACUGGGCAAAUGCGAGAAGUAAAGAAUCGGAUUGAACAGCUUCGGUCCGAACGGGAUAGCAAAAUUGCAAAACUGUCCAUGGAGAAAAAACUCUAUCAGGAUCGUCUUCAUGAUGCAGAGGCUCAACAGUCGCUGUUGAAGUUUCAGAAACAUGAUGAACUGAAGAGAGCAAUCAGAGAGAAGAAUGUUCUUGCUGAAAGAUUGAAGGUUGCAGAAGCUAUGAUAAAUAAAUUCGAUGAAGAACUGAAACGCUAUGCUUCAGAGGCGGUGAAUCGAGAAGAAGUACAAAAAUUACUUCAGAAUGAAGUCCAGUGGUUCAAACAAAAGGUUGAACAAACUGAACUAGAAAAAAUGCAGAAGGAAGAACACAUUGCUAGUUAUGAAGCAUACAUUACGUCUAUGGAAGCAAAAUUGAAUGAAUGCCAGACAUAUAUCAGUUCUCUUGAGGUUGCACUUCGUGAUGAGAUGUUACAACAUGCUCCUCUGUAUGGUGUGGGCUUGGAAGAUAUGUCUGUAGAGGAACUGGACACAUUGUCAAGCAUCCAUGAAGAAGGGCUUAGAGCAAUCCAUUCCCUCCAACAGCAGAAAGGUAAUACUCGUGGAAACCCUCUCAUGAGCCUCAGUACCACGGCUGCCCUGCCACCUCCACUUGUUUCAGAUGGUGUUCACCACAGGAAUGGGCAUGUCAAUGGCACGGAUAGACCCCCGCUUAAUUACUCAUGAAACAUAGAAGUGAGGUGAUAUUUUAGUGUACAUGUAAUGCUCAUCAUCCAUCUGGCUGGGCCCUUUUUAAAACCAGCCAAGAAUGGUAGUUGCUGGAUAGUAAAGGGUUCCUUUUAGUGCCUUCUCCUUCCUUGUGUCCUUUUUUAUGGGCGGUUGAGUUUUCUUGUAUAGUCAUCUGUUGGAGAAUGAACUGGUGGAACGUCGAAGAUGGUCUUAGAAAAAUAAGAGAAAAAUAAAAGGAAGAGUGAGAGUGACUUUUACAGUCGCA